GGUUGGUGGGAGCGGCGUUGGCUUGUUCUCUCGGCUCUUUCUGCGUGCCUCUGUCGUGGCGUCGUCGAAGCGGUGGUGACUGUGCCCGCGAAGAACUUUCGUGUACGACGUGCUGAGUGUUACGUGUGCCCGGUGUACCAACUAGACGAUUAUCGGGCUUUUCGCGAGGAACUGGCAAGGAUAAGGUACGGACGUCUCGUGUCGACCUCCGAAGGAUUAUUACCCGGGAGGCCGUCGAAAGUGGACCACGCCAGAAGCAGGAUGUCGAGAAUCAGCGCCUGGAUCGAGCGCCGAAUCCGGGCGGAUAUGAACUUCAGGUGAAAUGCUCCAGCAAGGGUGGAACCCUGACUGUUCCAAAGUCCAAAGCAAGCCGUAACUAAAGCUAGUCAUACCAGGUCGCUGAGGACACCAGACGCUGCUGACCAACCUCAUCAUGAUGACCGUUUAUGCUUCCAUGCUUAGGCAUAUGUUAUGCGCAUCUGUCGUUCUCAUCAUUGUGUUCCCCACAUCUUUUACGUUGGACGACGGACCGAAUGUUUGUACAAAACAAGAAUCGUACCUAACCACCGUUCGGGUUUCAUACAACAAACCUUACCAAGUUCGUACCUAUACAUGGUGUCUAGCAUUCCCGCCACGAUGCUCCAAAUACAGAAUUGCUCAUACUGUUGCCUACAAGACUGAAGUUAAAGAGAGCACACGUACUGUCAAGGUCUGCUGCAAGGGCUUCGUGGAGACAGCAGAUGGCUCCCGAUGUUUGCCACUUUGCAACAACCCAUGCAUUCACGGAACUUGCUCCAGCCCCGAAACUUGCGAGUGUCAGCCUGGCUGGGGUGGCCCUACCUGCAACUUCUCCUGCCCAGAUGGCAAGUGGGGUAAGGCUUGCCACAGGGACUGCCCUUGCAAGAAUGGUGCCCGGUGUGACCCAGUGAGCGGAGCCUGCUCUUGCAAGCCAGGUUGGCAAGGUAUUGACUGCAAUGAGCCUUGCGACAGCGGCAAGUACGGCUACGAGUGUGGACAGCUGUGCCGCUGCGAGAAUGGUGCCCUGUGUGACCACAUAUCAGGGGCCUGCACUUGUGCUCCUGGGUACACAGGACCUUUGUGCCACGAGCUGUGUCCAGCUGGAACUCACGGAGACCAGUGUUCCAACAAGUGCAACUGCCAGAACGGAGGUACUUGUGACCCGGUCACUGGACGCUGCUUCUGCCCCGAGGGAUGGACGGGUGCAGUGUGUGCAAAUCCAUGUCCUGCUGGCUUUCAUGGCACCAACUGCAGCCAACGCUGCCACUGCUACAAUGGGGCCCUGUGUGAGCACUUGACGGGCAAAUGCAUUUGCGGCCCUGGGUAUGUGGGUGAACGAUGCCAGGAUGAAUGCCCUGUUGGAACGUACGGACUCAACUGCAGCAAGAAAUGUGACUGUGAAAAUGGUGCCAGCUGCAAUGUUACCAAUGGUCAGUGCAUCUGUCUUCCUGGUUUCACCGGACCACGAUGCGAAAGUCGAGCUUGCACAGACGAAUUAUACGGACCAAAAUGUGAACAUGUCUGCCAGUGUGAUAAAGAAAAUUCAAUCAUGUGCCACCCGUGGACUGGCCACUGCAAGUGUAAGCCAGGCUGGAAUGGAGAGACCUGCUCCCGUCCAUGCAUGCAGCUCUUCUAUGGGCCAGAGUGCUCCCUCACAUGUAGUUGCGAAAACGACGGCACCUGCGACCCUGUCGACGGCACAUGCGUCUGUGAACCAGGCUUCAUUGGCCCCAACUGCAGCGAGCGGUGUCCUCCAGGCAAGUUUGGAACCAACUGCUCCCAGAACUGCAGCUGUGAGAACAAUGGAGUUUGUUCACAUGUCAAUGGCCUUUGUCAGUGUCCGCCAGGCUAUGCCAAAUCGAGAUGCAACGAACUGUGUCCUGUGGGCACGUAUGGCCUCAACUGCCAGAGCAAGUGCAAGUGCAAGCAUGGGGCAGCCUGCAACCCAGUCACCGGACAGUGCACCUGCUCGCCCGGGUACCUUGGAGAGUUCUGCGAGUUCAAAUGUGAUCAUGGGAAAUAUGGACAGAAUUGCGAAAAUAAAUGCAAGUGCAACUGGGCACAUUCUUUGGGAUGCGACUACAUCACUGGCAAGUGCAUGUGUGCACCUGGCAUCAAAGGAGUGUCUUGUGAAAGCCAGUGUCCACGCGGCCAGUGGGGUGCCUCAUGCGAGAAUACCUGCGACUGCAAGAACAACUCCUCGUGCAAUCCAGAGACUGGCGUUUGCGUCUGUGAACGGGGAUGGACUGGCAGGGAUUGCAGUGAACCAUGCCCAGCUGGCUACUUUGGCCAGAACUGCUCGGAGGAAUGUCCAAAGUGCAUGCACAGCAAUGGCCGUCCAUGCAACCACAUCACCGGUGAAUGCCAGUGCAGCGCUGGAUACAUGGGCUUGCGGUGCAGCGAGUCUUGCCCUGUGGACAAGUGGGGCGACAACUGCUCUCAGAAGUGCAUGUGCCAACAUGGAGGCGAGUGCAACUCUGUGACGGGCGCCUGCCUCUGUAUGCCAGGCUGGCAAGGCGAUAACUGCACCAUACCCUGCACCAAUGGAACUUAUGGCUUCAACUGCACCCAGAAGUGCACCUGCCAGAAUGGCGGCCUCUGCCGAGCCAGCGAUGGCAAGUGCCGAUGCAAGCCAGGCUGGAUGGGCUCCCGUUGCACUGAGAUCUGUGCAGAAGGCUUCUACGGAGACCACUGUAUGUCAUCCUGCGACUGUAAGGAAAACUUUGUGUGCAGCCCCAUAUCCGGCUGUGUCUGUCGCUAUGGCUUCACAGGAGAAUACUGCAAUAUCCGUCUAGUGGACAGAAGUGUGAUGUAUUUCGAAGAGGAGCCAAAAUCCAACUCCGGAAUAGUGGUGGGAACCUGCGUGGCUGUUCUCCUCGUCAUAGUCAUUGUCAUUUGCAUAGUCUUCUACUACAAGAGGAGGGUCAACCACCUCAAGAAUGAACUGGCCUACGUGACGUAUACAGCAGACCCAAGACCACCACCAGAUCGACGUCACUUUGACAAUCCUGUCUAUGCUUUCCAAGCUGUUCAUUUGGACGGUACGCUCAACAAUGCGUCGGGAGCCCCCAAUAUCAAGCACAUUCACAACGACCUCAACUGCACCAAGAGCAACAUAGAGAAAGCCAAGUUGGGCUACUGCGACGACGACGACCAGGACUCGCAGAGCAUGAAAGGUGCCUGCGGAGGCAAUGACUAUGAAAGCAACUGCAAAGACUUCGACUUCAAGCCUAAUAUCUACCAGAGCAUAGAGGACCUCAAGUCAUAUGUGGACAAGAAGGAACCCUUCUACGAUGAGGUCAAAGACAAGGGAGACAUUAGUAAUGUUACCGUUCCUAUCUGCACUGACACACGGCAACUUGCAGGACGGUCAAGCAGCGAUGCUGACGGUUAUGACCACUUGGAAUACAACAGACCAAAGACUGAAACAAAGCCAAACUACUUCCGGCUUGACAGCACGCUUCCCAAGAAGAAGACUUAAAUGUUACGACGACACUCCCUGUGCGCCCCUCGUGAAACCAAGAACACUGAAAGUGCUCGUGUGUAUGUGCGUCUGCCACAAACUGUGAUUAUACUACUUCCUUGGACUCCGACGGAAAUGGCAGAGGACCCCUGUUGCUUGACGUGUUGUGGCAGUGUUUGGUCCCACAGUGAUGAUGGUUUUCAGCCCACCCAUUCUGAUGAUCUUCUUCCGAUGGGUGUUUUUUAGUUUACGUGUUCAAUGCGCAAUGGCUGCUAUGCGUUGCAGCCCUUGCACUCUGUGUAACUAUUACCUGUUCGUUAAUCGAAGCUGUUGAUCCAAAUUUUAUAUUUAGAGUAAUUGUGAUAGUACGCUUCAGUAAGAAUGCAUUGUGUUGCAACCUUUACAGCGAUGAGAUUCCUUUGUUUGUUGUUUAGUGCAGAGUCAAUGCUUUAUGUUGGCAUGCGACGAACCUUUAGUGUCACCUUUAUUCCACAUCACUGCAGAACUGCACCACUCUGCUUGCGGAUGCAGGCUGGUGUGGCUUGUUCGAUGCCCGUGCACAUUGAAAAGCACUGCGGCAAUCUGUGUACCCUUGCAAUGGACUAUCUCACUUCUACAUAGAUCUCUACACUCUCGGAUUAUGAUGUUGAUUUUGCACGCCGCGGACUGCCAGCUAGAUCUUUGCGUCAGCAUACUGGCUGGCCAAGUAUGCUUGCUAUUUUAUGUUGUAAUAGUCUAGUAAUUUAAUGACACUAGCUGCCAUUGCCAGCAACACUGGUUUCAAUGUUUGUGUUCUCUGUGUCGUCCAUUUGUCUGGCUUUAUGAACAAUUUGGAGCGGGACUCUUUGGUGCAUGAAACUUGCUUGAAAAGGGAAACUCAAGGGUCGGACAUUUGAGAUUUUAAGCAAAUUGAUUGUAGAUUUAGGUCAAUAUACUCCAGCUGCCUAAAACGAUUCAUCUAUGCUCUUUAUACCCUAAACUGCAGAGCCUCGAUGACCAAGUACCGCGUCACUUCUCUUUAGCAAUACAUUUUUGUAACACUUUAUACUGUACAACUGUGGCAGGGUGCGGAGUUAUGGACACCCUACAUAGAAGUCCUCAUUUAGGCUGGAACAAGAAUUGUGCCAAGUGGAGGUUCAUGUGAAACCUUCACACUACGCCUGGUGCAACUGUGGUCAGGUCACGUGGCCUGGCACAGCACAGCUGCAUACAUCAAUACAUUGUCAAGAACAUGAUAUUGAUGGAAUGAGUUUAGAUUUAUCAAGGCUGCUUUUGGGAACCCUCAAAUGCUCUUUCGUCGAGUCAUCUGCGGAUGAGAACAAAGUGUGCAGCUUUUUGCUGUCACCCGGGUUGAUUGUCUGCGCUUCUUGCAUGUCCAAAAAAAAACCACAUGUACAAUGUGUUGUGGCAUGUCAUGACUCAGUCACAUAGUUCUGCAUGCAUCAAUUCCAAGAACGCUCCAAUGGACACAUCGCCACGUCCUCCACACAGGUGUGAACCUUGAUGUGUGGUUCAUCUAGGUGGAGCUAGGCCAAAAUUUGUCUCUGAUGCAUCCCUAACAAUAACAAGAGGAUGAUGGUUAGGCUGCUUGCCGUUGGUGAAGACCAGUUCACAUGGCGGCCUUUCUGGCAAGUAAUGUUAACUUUUGUACACCUGAGUAUUGCUUACUCUGAUAAGCAUUAAUGUUUUCAAAGCCAUGUUUUAGAUUUUUCCUGCAGCUACAAUGGGCUACAAGAGAAAAGACAUGUCAGUGAGAGUCCAGUGCUUUUGGUAACUUUUGUAGCCAUUUAUGGGGGCCAGACAGUUUCGACUUCAACUUCUGAUAGUUGGUGAAUGUCUUGUAGGAUUAGGGUGUAGUACACCUAGCCUAAUCCUACACUAUGCUGCACCAACAACUUUGGUGCAUGUGUCUGUGCAAGACCUUGUAGCAAGUGCUUAUUGUCCAUUCGAGUUAAAGCCUGUUUAAGGCUUGAACUAGCACAAGUAUAUUCCCAAUGGUUUCCGACACUUCCGAAUGAAAAAAAUGUAUCAACGAGGUUCUGCAGUUUAAUUUAUGCCGUCUUGUAAAUACACCAGCGUCUUGGCUGUAGCUGUCGCAAAUAUUUUGCGUCGGUACCGAAGCAACAUUGAACAACCUUGAAAAAAAAAAUGAUAAGAGUAUCUAUCGAUGGUGUCACAAUUUCAACAUACAUGUCACGUGUGUAAAAAUGUAAAUAUUUUACCCAUGUCUGAGUGUAGGCAAUAAAAAGAACAAAACCA